AUGGUUUGUCAGCAGCUGGGUCACGCGCUAAUCUCCUUCCGAUGCGGCCCAGCAUCGCAUCAAACGGCGUCCAACCAAACGACAUUGUCCGCCGUUGUCUCCAGCAUUCCUCACAUUGCCCUGGCUCUUGAUUCCUCUUCUUUCGCCGUCUACGAUCCCGUGUCAGCAUCCAACACCGUUGGAAUCAACUAUCUCCCCAUUUGCAGCCCGCUUUCUCCCCCUAUUACCCCGCUAGCUUCUCCCGUUGCAACCCGUCAUCGGACGACUACCCCGCCCGCGGUCCCUCACGAUCACGAUAUUCACUCCGCUCAACAACACCCAUUUCCAUGCGAGAGAUUUAAUACUGAAGGCGAACAGCUUGAUUCCAUUCGUCGUUUAUUUCAGCAUUCGCAUCCAUGGGGAAAUCACAAUCAAAACUCUCCCCUUCGCAACUGGACGAACUGCAGAAGUCAACUCACUUUGACAGAAAGGAACUACAACAAUGGUACAAAGGUCGGUUCUAUGGUCAAACUGCCUGAAGACGAAGAUACUCCCGAGAAACGUGUAAAGAAGAUCUUCCGUAUGAUGGAUAAGGAUGAGAAUGGAAGUUUAGACCUUGCGGAAUUCAAGGAGGGAAGCAAGAAAGAUGAGACCAUCGUCAGCGCCUUGUCUCUGUAUGACGGGCUAGUGUGA